ACGAUACCUACAGUUGGGAGUAUACAAAGACCGGUCACUACACAGUGAAGUCUGGCUAUUGGGUUCUCAAGAACAUCAUUGAGGCAGAGCAGAAGGGCACAACAGUCGACCAACCAAGUCUCGAUGGUCUCUACCAAAAGAUUUGGAAGCAACAAACGAGUCCAAUGGUACAUCACUUCCUAUGGAGAUGCAUAAGUGACGCAUUACAAACAGCAGCAAUGAUGAAACGUCGUCAUAUUUCAAAAGAGGGUAGAUGCAUGCGCUGCUCCAUGGAAAGCGAAACCGCAAAUCACAUACUGUUCCAAUGCCCCUAUGCACGCCUGGUUUGGGCAAUGUCUCCCAUUCAUGCCCCGCCUGAUGGUAUAAUGUCUGACUCGCUAUAUUCAAAUAUCUGUCGUGUGUUGAGCUUACAGGCACAAUACCCUCAAGAAGAUGUAAAUGCAGAGCUGAUUCCAUGGCUUUUGUGGCGUCUCUGGAAGAAUCGUAAUGCUUUUGUUUUCCAAAACAUAGACUACACUGCUCCAGAUACUGUCACCAAGGCCAUCGAGGACAUGAAGGAAUGAGAAGGAAGAAAGGAGGAAAGUGUAGAGGUUAAAAAAUCCACAAGCAACAGAAGGGUUUUCAACUGGAAACCGCCAAUGCAAAGCUGGAUCAAAUGCAACUCCAGAAUCAAGGCAUUGGUUGGAUAAGUAGAGAUUCUACUGGUCGGUUGCUGUGGGCUGGAGCUCAACGGUAUCGAGGAAUGGGAUCACCAAUAGAAACUGAAGCAACAGCUCUCAAAUGGGCAAUGCAAACGAUGCUGAGACUGGGAUACACUCAGGUCAUCUUUGAAACAGAUUCUAUGGUAUUAGCGAGCAUGAUUGCGGGAAGGAACCUAUUUGGCCAAAGCUCUAUCCAAUCAUCCAAGAAAUCUCCCAUCUUCUCUCGACAAGCCGGAGCUAUAGGGUCGAGUAUUACUCACGAGAAGGUAACAAGUCGGCAGAUAGGAUAGCGAAGGAAGCUCUUUCUUUUAUGAAUUAUGUUUCUAAGUUGUAUUCUAUGGUGCCAAGUUGGUUAAAACAGAUCUUUGAGGUGGAUGUAUCUAUGUUAGGAGUGAACAAUGAUGUAGGUCCAAACUCUUUUGGUUAAUGGAAAGUAGAAGUUGAACCAAAAAAAAAAGUCUCAUCUCCUUAAGACAUUUGCCUAUCUCGUAUCAAACCAAUCUGCCAUUCCACUUGCAUACUCCUUAUCUCCUUUUCGCUGAAUCACAGAGAUACAUUUCACGCAUUUUAGAGUUUGUCACACAAAAGCUAAUCGAAGAAUAUAAUAGUAUUAUUUUAUAGAAGAAAAUGGAAAUGACGUCAAGAAAACUCCAAGAUCUAUAAACAAUAUUCAAACUAUAUAAGCCGAUCAACAUUGUUAGUAGGACCGGACAUUUUAUCUAUUAACUUUGAUUCGAUUAAAAUUAAUAUUCAUUUAAAAAGCAAAUUAUAAAUUCUAUAAAAAUUAGAGUCAGAUAUCCGCUCCGAUUCGAGUUUUAUACAAAUAUAUAUAUAUAUAUAUAUAUAUAUAUAUAUAUAUAUAUAUAUAUAUAUAUAUAUAUAUAUAUAUCUACAAUAAAUAUAGAAUUUUAAAUGUAUAAUUUUGUAUAAAUAUUAUUUAACAUACAAUUUAUAAAUCUCAUAUAAAAGUAUUAAGUUAAGAAAGAAAUAUAAAUCUUUAUAAAUUACAAUUUUCUAAAUUUCAUGUUUUAAAGAAACAUUUUAACUAAUUUUAAAAAAAAUUAGAACAUAUAAUUUCACUAAUCUUUAUUUUUACUUUAUAUUAUGUAAAAUAUAUUUUGUAAACAAACUUUUAUAGUUUUUCUAGAUUACUUGUGUUGAACAAGUGGAUAACAUAUCUAUAAAUAUAUGUCGCAAAUAUCUGUUAAAUUUAUGGAUGUCCGGGUUUUUGAAUAUCCAUAUUUUUUAAUCAAAACAAAUCGAGAAAUUAGAUAUCCGUAAACUGUGAAGUAAGUCAUAUAAAUACUGAAAAUCUCCUAUAUAUUAAUUGAAAAUUAUUUUAAAAGUUGUAACUUAUAUUUUGUAGUAAUUACAAAAGAGACUUGAUGAUGUGUCAUUUAAUUAAAAUUUCAAUUUGACUUACUUGGCAACAUAAGAAUCAAUUGAAUAAUUUGUAGGUCCAAAAUCCAAUUGCUGAGGAACAUUAUAUUAACAAUUUUUGUAUCCUCCUCAUUUUUGUUUAUUUUUAUAUUAUUAAAAGAAAUUAAAAAAUCACAUUAAACAUGUAAUUUGGAUUUUUUUCUUAUAUGUUAUAUUUUGAAUUCUUGAAAAUGACUUUAAAUUACAAAAAAAUGUUAAAACUUCCUUUGAAAAUUAUGUGAUCAAUGGCUCAAUUGUUCUUGUUAUAGCAAGAUACAAUGAUCAUAAAGUCGUAUUAAUAUGAAUUUUUAUUUAAUAGAUAUUCAAAUUAAAUAAUAUAUAUAUGUAUUAUUUAAUAUUGUUUAAAUUAAACUAUGUACCAUUUAAAAUACAUAAAUAUGUUAAUUUUAAAAUUUGCAUAAAAAGAGUAUUGAGGCCUUAAUAUUUUAAUUUUGAAAUUUGCAUCGAAAAAAUAUCACAUCAAAAAUUUUGGGAUUAAUGGUUUAAAUUUGUUUGUUAUAUCAAAUAUUUAUAUUAAAAUAUACUAUAUAUUUAUGUCAAUAUAAUGGAAAUAUAAUUAUAUACCAUAUAAGAUACAUAAAAUGAUUAUUUUAAUUUAUUUACCAUAAAUAUAUUGUAAAUAAACAAGAGGUAUUAUGUUGAUUAAUCUAAUCUCCUAUAUAUUAAUUGAGAAACAAUUCAGCAUGUGUAAGGUUUUAUUAAUUGAUAUUGUUCGAAAAUCUUACAAGAUUUAUUUUGAAAAUCUUACAUGAUUUAUUUAGAAACAAUUGAAAUCACCUCCAGCUUCGCUGAAGAAGCUAGGUUCCUCCAGGAGCUUAGAACAUGGAUUGCACAAAAAAAUUGCUUUCCUAACCCUAAUCUUCUUUCUAUUCAUCACAACACCAACAGAGAAUAUUUAAAAGUGUCUAUUGACAAUCUGAAACAGUUUUUAAUGAUUAACUAAAUGGGUCACAUACAUAAUAAAGUGUGUUUUUGUUUAAAAAUUAUUGCAUACCCAAAAUCAAUAUGAACCAUCAUCAUUUUCGUUUAAAUUUUGUCAUAAUAAAAAUAUAGGUCUUGGCAAAAAAAACUGAAUACAAAAAAAAACUGAACCAAAACCGAACCAAAAAAAUAGUACUGAACUUUAACAAAAAUUGGUUAGAUAUCCGAAUGGGUUCAAAAUUUUGGUAUAUAGAAAACCGGAACCAAACCCGAUCCGAACCGAAAUAUUUUAGGUAUCCGAACCAGCUUUAUAUACUUAAAUAUAUUAAUUAUUUUUAAAUUUAAUUCUAAAAGAAUAUGCAAAAUAUAUAAGAUGUUAUUAAGUUGUCCAAAAUACUUGAAAAUAUAUACAGAUAGUUAUAAGUAUAUGUUUAAAAUAGCUAGAUGAUAUCCCAGACCACCUCAAGUUUGAGUAAUAGAAUGGUCAUUUGACGUAAAAAAAAAGAAGCUAAAUGAUACUUAGAGAUUGAUUGUUUUCAGUUUUUGAAUUAAUUUUUGGUUUUUGAUUUUCCAAAAUCUAGUUUUGAUCCAAUCAUUAUUUUAACAAACUAGAUUCCCUAAUAUUUAGGGCAACUAAUUUUUCCAUUGUUUUCCUGUGUUAUGUAUAAAAUCUAGAAUCCACAUUUUUCUCGCUUCUACCCACGAAAACCAUUUUGUUUUUGCUUUUUUUUUUGCAAAAAAUUAUUAACUUUAGGAAAAACAUUUACUAUCUAUAUUUAUUAUACAAAGCACAUGAAUAAACAUAAAAAAUAAUAAUAUUAUUCUUUAAAGUUUAAGUUAUUGGAAUUUUGUUUAGGUAAAUUAUUUAUUUACUAUUUUUACUAUAAAAUUAUAUAUAAUUAAUUGAAUUUUGUGGUAAUAAUUAUUAUACAUUUAUUACAUUGUAACUUUAUUUUUUAUAUAAUAUAUGGCAUUUUUAUGUUAAAUGUUUGAAUUACAUAAAUUUUAUGUAUGACUACCAUUUUUAAAAUAUAAUUAUUUUAAUUUUGCUUCUAUAAAUAUAAUUAUUAAUUAUCUAAGCAAGAAGUGGAAUUCCUACUCAAUAUUGCUCUCCCUUAGCAGCGGGAAAGGAGUCUAUCUAUCUGGGACGAUAUGAAAAUGUGUCGGCACGGUUCCAACUCGUGGAAGAAGGAGGACUCUAAAUUCAUUUAUUGAUAAGUAUUUUGUAAUAUUUUAAUUUCGUAAUUUCAUUAAAAUUUAUCAUAUUUUAAAAAUACAAGUAAAUUUUAUUUAAUUUGUUUAAAAAGCUUAACAGUUAACUAUGUAUUUUCGUUGAGAUAUCAAUUAAAUGUAUAUUUAAUAUGUAAUUAUUAGUUUUUAGUUAAUGAUAUAUUUUAAAUAAAAUUUAAAAUAAGUUUUUAUUUUCAUAAUAAUACUAUUUCUAUUUUUUAUUGUUUUUAAAAUAAUAUUUUAUUAUAAAUAGUAUUAUAGUUGAAAGACAAAAACCAAAAACCAAAAUCUAAAAUUACCAUUCAAGUUUUUGAAAAACCAAAAUCUACAGAAAAAUCAAAAACCAAAAAUUUAAAACCAAAAUUUAAAAUCUAAAAACUAAAAUCCAAAAACCUCUUAAACAAUCAUCACCUUAAUAUACCUAAAAUACUUAAAAUAUAUAUUGAUUUUCAAUCCAAAUAUUUAAUCUAAACCAAAUUUUAAGUUACGUUUAAGUAUUUUGGCAUACAUUAUUCAAAAUUAUAUGUUCUAAAUUAUUUAUAUUUUUAGAUUUUGAAAUAUUUAAAGUAUAUAUAAACUUUAAUUUUUAAAAAAAGUAAAUAAAUAAGUUAUCUGAACUCAAACCCGAACCAGACCCACAAAGAUGAGAACCAAACCAAACCCGUAAGGAUCUGAAUCGAACCGAACCAAAUGGUACCCGAAUACCCACAUCUAAUCAAAUGUAAAAAAAAAUUAUUGAUAACAAAAUGUAUAUUGUUUAUAAUAUUUUAAUACAAUAUAUUUAAAAAAAAAAACUCUGGGCGGAGAUUAUGGCGGAUUAUCAUCUAGUUAUAGUAGUAUUAAAUUUGUACCUAUACUUAAUUCCUUAAUCAUUAGUGGGAGCCGAAAAUGCCAAAAUAAAAUCAAUCAUAGAAAUACAGGCAAGAGAAUAAUAAAUCAAAGACCAUAUCGUUUUUCUCAUCUUGAUCUGUAGAUUUUUCUUUGUUUCCUUCUUACUAUAAAAGUGGUCAGAGAGUUGCCAAAUUUUCAUCCAAGUUAUGGUAGAGUAUUCAAUUCGUACCCAUCCUCAAUUCCUCAAUCAUUAGUGGGAGCUGAAAAUGCCAAAAAAAAAAUCAAUCAUAGAAAUACAGGAAAGAGAAUAAUAAAUCAAAGACCAUAUCGUUUUCUCAUCUUGAUCCGUAGAUUUUUAUUUGUUUCCUUCUUACCAUAAAAGUGGUCAGAGAGUUACCAAAUUUUCAUCCAAUCAGUCAAUCGUUUCGAUCUUCUUACUUAAAAUAUGAUUUUCCCAUUUUAUACUGUUUAUCUAUUAUUAAUAGAGAGAGUGUCUCUAUCCCACAAUCACACAACACUCUCAAGUAGUCUCAAUUUUCCAUCUCAUUUUUCCCGCGAAAAUGACGAGAUCACAUCUUUGCCUCCUCUGUCUCCUCCUGUCCCUUGUGAAUUUCGCCGCUUCUCAAGACGAUGCGACGAUCAUGCAAUCCCUCAAAUCUACUCUUCAUCUCACACCAGACGUGGACUGGUCGAACCCUGACCCUUGCAAAUGGCCCAGCGUCCAAUGCGACGGAAGCAACCGCGUGACGAGGAUCCAGCUUAAACAGAAAGGCAUCAGCGGGACUCUCCCUCCGGAUCUCCAGAAACUUUCCGAGCUCAUCGUCCUCGAGUUAUUCUCCAACAAAAUCUCCGGCCCGGUUCCUGAUCUCUCGGGACUAACGCAUCUACAGAGGCUGAAUCUACACGACAAUCUCUUCGAAUCGACGCCGGCGAAUCUCUUCUCGGGGAUGAACUCGUUGCAAGAAGUGUACCUCGACAACAACCCUUUCGCUUCUUGGGAGAUUCCAGAGACUAUUAAAGAAGCCACGUCUCUCAAGAACCUCUCUCUCGUCAACUGCAACCUCGCGGGUUCGAUUCCUGAUUUCUUCAGCUCCCAGACGCUCCCAAGCCUCGUUUCUUUGAAGCUAUCUCGCAAUAAUCUGCAGGGAGUGCUGCCUUCCAGCUUCGGAGCUUCCUCGUUACAGCAGCUCUAUCUCAACGGACAGAAGCUAUUCGGGUCUAUCUCGGUGUUACAGAAGAUGACUUCUCUCGUCGAGGUUGAUCUGCAAGCUAACACCUUUUGGGGUGCCAUCCCUGAUCUCUCUGGUUUACAGUCUCUCAGGUUGUUCAAUGUAAGAGAGAAUCAGCUCACUGGUCUUGUCCCACCGUCCUUUACUGGUCUCAAAUCGCUUACUGUCGUGAAUCUGACUAAUAACUGCUUUCAAGGACCAACUCCCUUAUUCGACAACUCCGUCGCUGUUGAUAUAAUAGCCAACACGAAUAGCUUCUGUCUGGAAACUGCUGGUGCUCCGUGUGAUCCUCGCGUCGAGGCCUUGCUUUCUGUAGCUGAUUCGUUUGGAUAUCGAGUGAAGCUAGCCAAGAGUUGGAAAGGGAAUGAUCCGUGUGGUCGUAGCUGGCUUGGGAUUACUUGUUCUGGAAGUAAUGAUGUUACAGUGGUCGAUCUUGGGAGGCAGGAGCUCACGGGUACGAUACCUCCGAGUUUUGCUAAGCUUACUUCCUUGGAAACCAUCAAUCUUUCUAAUAACCAACUCACUGGGAGUAUACCGACAGAGCUUACCAAUUUGCCUAUGCUUAGGACACUCGAUGUGUCGAACAACGACAUCCACGGUGAUGUGCCCAAAUUCAGCCCAAGUGUGAGUGUGGUGACUACUGGUAACGUUAACAUCGGGCCUGUCUCACCGACUGAUUGGAAAUCCUUCAGAAAUAGAAUAUAGAUCAUUUUUUGAAAAGCAAAUUUAAAAACUAAAUGAAAUUAAUAAAGGAAAUUCAAAAUUUGACCUAGUUGUACUACACCCACGUCUUCUUUCUUUAUCUAAAAUUAUAAAUCAAAUUAUCUGCCGAGAGCAUCUCUAACUCCACUUUAUAUUUCAUUUUUUGCUUUAUUUUGAAGUAAGUUUUGCUUCAACCUUAUUUCAUUUUUUUGCUUCAAAAUGAAAUAAUGAACAUUGUUGUUUCAAAUUUGAAAAUCUACUGUACAUAUCUUCAUUUUUUUAAAGAUGAACUUUUUCGUUAUAAAUUGGUACUUAACUUUUAUUUAUUCUUAUCUUUUGACGAAAUAAACUAUAUAUGCUUUAAUAUAAUCCAAUUAAUUUCAAAAUUUUGACUAUUAAUUUUAUCUAAUCAGAUGUUUAUAUCAAAAAACAUAUGAAUAUGAAUAUUUGUUUUAAGAACUUUUUUAACUCGAUUUAAAAGAAUCAAAGAUAAAUAAGCUCAUUUCUUACUCUAAACAUUUUUGUUAAUCAAUUGUAGAAAAAUAUUAUAUAUAUGGUGUUUUUUAUACAAAUUAUGAUGUUUUGUGUUUGUUUAUUCAUGUUAUGUAAUAAAUUCAUUAUAUGAGAAUAUUAAAUUUAUAUGAAAUAAUAAUUAUGUUGGAUUAUUUUUAAAACAAAAUAGUUAGGAAAAAUAAGUAAAUAUAAAAAAGUAUAAGGUGUCUAUUAGUAAUUAAUGAUAAAGUAGAGAUGAAAUAUACUUGGAAUAUUCUUUUUAUAAGAAAGAAAUGAAGCAAACCAUUGGAGUGAUUGCUACUUCAUUUUGAAAAAAAAAAUGAAUUUUUUAAGAUAAAAUUGAAGUCAACCAUUGGAGAUGCUCUAACUACAAAACAACAUGCACACAAAUAAAAAGUUUGCAGAUAACAAGGUCAAAAGAAAAGCUAAAAAGGUAAAAAGUUAAAACUAAAUGAAAAUUUUGAUUUAUAUGAUAUAAAUAACACGUGUUAUGAGAAUUCGUGAAAUGUUUUUAGCGAUUUAAACCCCUAACUAUUUUUAGAUCAGAUGGAAAACCCCCAAUUAAAACUUUAUGUUUUUAAACCCUCAACUAUUAAAACGUUAAUCCACCGUUAAUAUCGUUAACCUUCUGUUAACACAGUCAUCUUUUCUGGAGGGAUUCAUGUUAUAUUAACGAGGUGUUUCAUAUAAUCACAUAAACGUCACGAGAAGCUUACAACCGAUGGAUGUUUUAGUGAUUUAAACCUCCAAAUAAAAACUCAUUUUUUGGUCUUGGAGAAAUUUUAAAUUUGCAGUUUUUGCAGAAAAACGUGAUUUUCAGUUUUUGCAGGAAAAUUCGAUUUUAAGUUUUUAGCAGAAAAAAUUGAUUUUGUGGUUUUGGCAGGAAAACCCGAUUAUUAGUUUUGGCAGAAACUUGAUUUUUGAAGUUUUGGCGAAAAAAUGUGUUUUCGGUUUUACGAGAAAAAUUGAUUUUUGAUUUUGGUAGAAAACCCUAUUUUAAGGUUUUGGCAAAACAACUCAUUUUACGGGGUUUUAUGUGAAAGCUCGAUUUUUUUGGUUUUGGCAAGAAAACUCGUUUUUGAUUUUUUGGCGAGAAAAAUUGAUUUUACGGAGUGGUGAGAAAACUUUAUUCUGCAUAAUCGAACAAAUUUAAAAUUCCAGUAUACAGUUAAAUAUUGUAUACAAUUUAUAUAAAGCAAAAUAAAAGAGCUAAAAUUAAGCCCUAAAAAUUUUAAGGCUAAUUAUGUUCAAGCCUUUAAAGCUUUGUGUCAAUGUAAGGGUUUGUGCUAAAAGUUGGCCUACAAGGUCAAGGAUAACCCUGGUAGGUUGAGCCACAUUAAUAUUCCUACUGAUGGUGUUGAAUACACGCCGGAUAUAAUUCUCUAUUACUAUUCUAUUCAGAACCGACUAUAAAAUAAAGACAAAGGAGAAAAAGGGAUCCAAGCCUCAGAAUCACAUACCAAAAUUAUACUCUUUUUACAAUCAAAUUCACUUGUAUUCUUACACAUCUUGUUCUUCAUCAUUAUGUCAACUUUGAGUAUCACUAAGAAACUUUUUUCCAUCUUUAAGUCUCAUACGCAUUAUCAUUUUGUUCAAUACUUGUUCAACAUAUUAGAUUAAAGCAUAACCAUAAUUUAUGAGUGGAUCAUCUGGUCCGUCAUUUGGCGCGCUAAAGGAAGGAGGUGGGAAUUAAUACAAAAACCCUCUACAGAUCCGGCGUGAAAACCAAAUAAAAUUGACUGGAACACACACAUCUGAUUUAUCCGGAGCAACAAAAAUCACGGGUUCCACCCUGCAUGUCGUAGGACAGCAAUUCAACGCCGAUGUAACUCACAUCACCGUAACACCACCGACAUCACCAAUUGCCAAUCUGGACGAAACUCUAUCCCAUGCACCAUGCGAGUUACGAAAUGUUUCCUUUAUCUUGAUUCAAUGUGCAGGUCAGACGGAGGUUAUGGGACAUCAAGCUUUACAAAGCUUAAAGCAACUCACAAAAAUAUUGGGUGAAUAGCUGGAGCAUAUCGAUUUUCAAAUUGCUUCGUCACCAAGAAUCCCCCGAGAAUAAUAGUUUAGACAAUAGUAACCAUGAAUCCAUUUCAGACAACAUACCACAAGCCUGAAAAAAGAGAUCAUCAUCUUGAAACAAACAUUAUCCCAAGCUACAACCUAUCUCUAGUUGAUGAAAUCAAAGAUCCACCGAGUCACCAGAUCGGUCCUGAAGUUGUUCACGGACCGCUUAGCCAACGUUCCCAUCUCGAACAUCUAACCGAAGAUCUCCUCUUACAAAGGGAAAACAAAUUCAUGAGCUCAUAUUACAGUUUUCUGCAUUACAAUGGGACAAACUUCCUUUGACGAUAGAUAGAGAUACCAGAUAUUUGCCUACUCUUUGUCAAGAACCUAAUAAGAGCAGUAAUAUCGUCAAAAAUUGGACCAUAUCAACAUGCUUAUCUUUUUCAGAAUGAGACAAAUGUUUGUGUCUUUUAAUCAUUGAAUAAUGGUACCAUCAAAUAAGAAUUCAUUGAUCAUACAAGUCAAAUCUCCUUUCACUAUGUCCUAAAACUUCUGAAAAAUAAAGCGCUCGUUCCAUCAGGGUGCAUCGCAAAUGUAAGUUUUACCUCUCAUUCUGUAACUGAAGCUGUGAGUUUCUGAUUUAUCGCAUCUGUGAUUGUUGUAAAGAUAUUUUCCAAAAAGCGUCAUUUAUUUCUUCUGAAUUUGAUGAUUCGAAAUAAUAUGAUGAUUCGGAAAGUGUUCUAAAGUAACCUGUAGCAAUGGCUCUCAUUAUCUCCCCAUCUAGUCAUCUUCCAUAAUAUUUUCUGAAUUGUCUUCAGCAGUCCUGUUAUAUUUUAAUAGAUUAGUUACAAGGACAUGAUGAGAAUGGACUAUAUUAUUAUAACAUACCCUGGACUUAUAUUUGGACUGAAUGAGAUUAGACUAUAGUUUAGAAUGAAGACAGUAUAUUUGCGUACCAUAAAGCCUAUUCAUUAGGCCCAAAUAAUAAUAGUUUGGGAAUCUGUAUAUUAGGGUUUUCGUAGCUUCUUUUAAUUUUCUCACUGUGCCGUCUGAAGAGAAGAUAGAUCAGACGAAAAUGGAGAAAGGCAAGGGAAGAAAGGAGGAGAUUGUUACCAGGGAGUACACUAUCAACCUCCCACUACAAGAAAUAUUGGUUUUGAUAGCAGUAGAGGAUAGUGUUUUUUUGUCUUUAUGCUAUGGUUGACAUAACCGUUAGUUUUAAAUAGCAUUUGUAUAUUUUGAAACGCUAUGAUAACGUAGUAUAUUUGGAAACGUUAUGAUAGCGGAUGUUUAAUAGCAAAAUAAUUAAAACGCUAUGUUUGGUUUAUCUAAUCCCUAAACCCUAAACAAGUUUUUAAACCCUAAACUCCAAGUAUAAACCUUAAAAAUCUUGUGUUCUCACACUAUAACUUCAAAUCUUGAAUUUUAACUCAAAUUUAUUCUUUUUAAGUUUAAUAUAUAACUUCCAAAUACACAAACCUUAAUUCCUCAAUCAAACUCUAUACCCUAAAUCCUAACAUGAAACAUGUAUAAACCAUACAUCCAAUACAUAUAAAUUUCAAAUCUAAAUUUUUAUUAAUCUAACAAAUUUUAAAUCUAAAUCUUAAUCACAAAUCCUUAUAUAGUAACUAUAACCCUUGUACUUUCAAAAUUUUUAACCCUAAAAUCAUAACACAAAACACUUUACACAAACUAAUGAUAAAAACCCCAUUAUGCAGUUUUUGAAAAUCAUAUAACCACAAAAAUCUAAUCAAAAUUUAUAUUUCAUAUGUUAAAUUACAAUAUAUAAUCUUUACAUUUAGGCAAUUUAUAAAACAAUUAAAAAGAAAUCUAAAAACAAUUUUAGUGCUUCUUUUUAUGACCAUUGAUUGAUUCUAAUCUAAGGGCUGAAAUUAUUCUUUUGUCUAUCUCCAACCUUCUCUGUCAUUGGUUAAUUUUUUUUCUGAAAGAUCAGGGUUCUUAGCCAUUGAUGCAACGUAAUCCAAAGGCCACAAUUUAGUCUCUCUCUUUCUCACUUAUCUUCUCCUAUACGACUUUUUAUUUUUCUUUCUUCAGCGACAACAUCGAAGAUGAACCCAAUGAGGGCAAAGCAACUGGUUGUUGGACCACCAUCGAAGAAGAGACGACGGCACCGGUCUGAGUUCGUCGCUGUCGUCACCGGUCUCGAACUCGGAGGGAGCAUGGUGGUGCUUAGUAGCGAGGGUGAUUUCUGAAACGGCGGCAGAGAGAGGAGGCGUGAAGAGUUCGAGGUGGUGAUGAAGUUUUGUCAAAGCAAAGCCCUCGCAUCAUCGCAGUGCUCAUCCUCUUGUCCGGUGACGUUUUAAAACUCCUGAAGCAGAUCUGUUUAUCCAUGUCAGUUAUGGUUCCUUUUUUUUUUUUGGAAAGCCAAUGUCAGGAUUACACAGGUGAAGUUUGGAUUGUUCUUUUAAGAUGUAUCCUCGGAUUUGAUUAGUGAAUCACGUGUUCUGUUCUGAGACUUUCAUUUGAUUCUUAAGAUGGCAAAGGAAGCUAGCAGUGGUGGUGGAGGUGAAGCCGAGCAAGAAGAAGAAGAGAGGUGGAGAAAGAGAGAUGACAAAGACACAAAAGGAAGAAGAGGAUGCGGCGAGGUGGAUGGGAGAAGAUUAGAUUUAGAUUUAUUUUUUAAUCUGGGUUUAGACUUCUUUUUAAUUUUGGGUUUCGUUUUUGUAAUACAAUUUUAAUUAAUAAAUUAAUUUUAAUUAUAAAUCAAUUUUAAUUUAUAAAUUGCUAUCUCGAUAUAUAUUUUUUAAUUUUUUUUAAUUAUUUAAUAAGAUAAUAAUAACAAAAAAGAAACGUUAUAAAAAAAUAUUUAAUUGCAUACAUAAAAGCGCUAUAAUAUAUAACAAUAAAAUAGCAGUGCAAAAAACCGCUAUCUAAUGUGCCUGACCUACUAUGACGGGCGAUGAUACAGCGCUUCAUAAACCACUAUCGUAUCGUUAGAUAGCGUUUUUCGUCCGCUAAUAAAAGUUUUUUUUCUUGUAGUGUCCACAGGCACCUUCAUAGCUGAUAAAAAUGUUGUGACAUCUCUUUGUUUGUAGAAGAAGAUUAUUAGGACGAGCCAUUAACAUCAUCUCCUUCCUUAUUGCUCCAUGUACAUUUUCGUUAGGGUUUUACAGAUGCUGAUUGAUUCGAUCGAUUAUAAAUAUAUGUACGCAGCACAUUCAAGAAGAAGGCACCCAAUGUCAUCAAAGAGAUUAUGAAGUUUGCACUGAAAGCAAUGUGAACAAAGGAUGUUAGAGUGGAUGUUAAGCUCAACAAGCAGAUAUGGAGCAGGGGAAUCCGUGGUCCUCCUAGGAGAGUCAGAGUCUAUGUUGCACGUAAGAGAAAUGAUGAUGAAGACGACAAGGAGGAGUUUUACUCUCUUGUCACUGUCGCUGAGAUUCCUGCUGAAGGAUUGUCUGGUUUGGGCACCAAGGUCAUCGAUGAAGACGAGUGAAAA